CUGCUGCUGCUGCUGCUGCCGCUGGCCCGAGGUCUGACCUGCGCCCGGGAUCCCUGCACGAACGGGGGCACCUGCCUGGCACACCCCGAUGGGAGCCGCUCCUGCCUCUGCCCCCCCAGCUUUGUGGGGGAGUCGUGCCAGUUCCAGGACCCGUGCCGCCCCGGGCGCUGCCAGAAUGGGGGCACCUGCUUCCCCCGGCUCUUCCACCCCUCGGUGCCCCCCACCUACACCUGCUCCUGCCCCCCAGGGUUCACCGGGGAUGAGUGCCAGGGGGCCGUGGGCGACCCCUGUUUCCCCUCGCCCUGCCAGAAACGCGGCACCUGCCAGCGCCUGUCCAGCGCCCAGUACCGCUGCCUGUGCAUGGAAGGAUGGACAGGGAAGAACUGCCAGCUGAUGGAUUUCUGCCCCACCAACCCCUGCGCCAACGGGGGCACCUGCCUGCUCACCUACCCGCACAUCGUGUGCCAGUGCCUGCCCGGCUUCGACGGCCACACCUGCCAGCACGACGUCAACGAGUGCUACCGGGACCCCGGGCCCUGCGCCAACGGGGGCACCUGUCUCAACAGCCUGGGCUCCUUCCGCUGCCUCUGCCCCCCUGGCUUCUCUGGCCCCCAGUGCCAGCACCGCGCCGGGCCCUGCUCCGCCGGGCUGUGUCUGCACGGCGGGACCUGCCGCCCCCUGCCCGGCGGCUUCCACGGCUGCCUGUGCCCGCCAGAUCUUCCUAACGAGUCUCUGAAGUUGGGCCCUGGGGCAGGUGGGUGUCGGCGGGAACUGACUCUCUCUGGCCAGGCCCUGUCACCAACCUCCCCAGCCCCUCCGCCCUGGAACCAUGGCUCCCAACAUGGCCGCCCGCUGUGGAGGGGAGCGACUGCGGCUGAACUUACCCCCCCCCCGGGGGCGUCUCUCUCUGUCCCCCCCCAGGGUACACGGGGGCAGCUGUGUGAGGUGAACCCCGACGACUGCGUGGAGCACCACUGCCGGAAUGGGGGGGCUUGCCAGGACGGGGUGGGGACAUACUCCUGUCUCUGCCCCCCCGGCUGGACGGAAUGUCACAACCGCGUGGGCACCUUCCUCUGCCAGUGCCCCCCGGGGCGCACAGGGCUCCUGUGCCACCUGAGCGACGCCUGCCUGAGCAGCCCCUGCCACGCGGAGGCCUCGUGCGACACCAACCCCCUGACGGGCUCGGCCGUGUGCGUGUGCCAGCCGGGCUCCACCGGGCCCACCUGCCACCAGGACCUGGACGAGUGCCAGCUGGGUGAGUGAGGCGCGGAGCCGUGCGAGCACGGCGGGCGCUGUGAGAACACCGUGGGCUCCUUCCGGUGCCGCUGCCCGGCCGGCUACACGGGGUCCCGCUGCGAGGCCGACGUGAACGAGUGUCUGAGCCAGCCCUGCCUGCGGGGGGCGCCCUGCCUGGACCUGCUCGGCCACUUCCAGUGCCUCUGCCCCCCCGGCUCCCUGGGGCCCACGUGCGAGCGAGAGGCCGACCCCUGCACCAGUCACCCCUGCGGGAACGGGGGGCGCUGCCAGGCCGGGACGGGGGCCUUCCGCUGCCACUGCCCCCCUGGUGAGACGCCCACUGGGAUCUGGGGGGCUGGGGGCUGCCAUGAGAGGGCUGGGCAUGGACUGGGAUCUGGGGGGCUGGGGGCUGCCAUGAGAGGGCUGGGCAGUGGACUGGGAUCUCAAUCCCGACCCGCACGCCCCCGGCUCCCCCGGCGCCACCCACUCCCGACCCGCAGCCCCCUGCCAGCCCAGCCCUGCCCUGGGUUCCCCGCUCUGUCUCUGCCCCCAGGUGUGAAGUGCGAGGAGGAGCUGGACGGGUGCCGGGGGGGGCCGUGUCGGAACGGGGGCACCUGCCAGAACAGCCCUGUGGGGUACCUCUGCCUCUGCCCCCCGGGGUUCAGCGGGGAGCGUUGUGAGAGCGACCUGGACCAGUGCGCCCCCAAUCCCUGCGGGAACGGUGGGUCCUGCCUGGACGGGGCCGGAUCCUUCAGCUGCCUCUGCCCCCCGGCGUUCAGUGGGGAGCACUGCCAGACGCCGCUCCCCUCCCCACCCCGCUGCCGCUGCCCCCCACGCCUGGGGGGGCCCCGUAUGCCAGGAGCCGCAGAGCCCCUGCCAGGCGGCCGCCCAGAGACGAGGGGUGCGGCUGGAGGAGCUGUGCGGGAACGGGGGGCACUGCGUGGACGGGGGGGGACCCCGCGCUGCUCCUGCCCCCCGGGCUGGGGGGGCCCGUCCUGCCGCCAGGAGGCCAAUCGGUGCCAACCGGACCCAUGCGAACACGGGGCCACCUGCCUGGCCCGGCCUGGGGGCUACGUCUGCCAGUGCCCGCCCGGGCAGCACGGGGUGAACUGCUCAGAGCCGGGGCCUGGGGGGCCCUGCCAACCCCUGCCCUGCCAGAACGGGGGCACCUGCUCCCAGCGCCCCACCGGCCCCCACUGCGCCUGCCCCCCCAGCACGCACGGAUCCCGGUGUGAGUCAGUGAUUGACAGCUGCCAAUCAAACCCAUGUGCCAAUGGGGGGACCUGCGCUGUGACGGCCAGCACCCCCUCCGGCUUCACCUGCCGCUGCCCUUCGGGUUACAGCGGUGCCACCUGCGACGUCCAGCUGCCCCCCUGUGGAUCCCACUACUGCCACCACGAAGGGGUGUGUGUCCAGCCCCCGGCCGGUCCCCGCUGCCUCUGCCCGGGGGGCUACGGGGGCCCCGAUUGCCUCCAGCCCCGCCCCCUGGCGCCCUGCCCCCCUGGUGGCUCGGCCUGCCCCCAGCCUGGGGCGGGGGAGCCCUGCGGGGAGCUGGCGGGGGAUGGCAUCUGCCACCCGGCCUGCAGCUCCCCCUCCAGCGCCUGGGACGGGGGUGACUGCUCGCUGGGGGUGCUGGAGCCCUGGGCGGGGUGCCCGGAGCUGUGCCAGCCGGGCUUCCGCGACGGGCGCUGCCAGCCCCAGUGCGACAGCGAGGCCUGUCUGUAUGACGGGUACGACUGCCGCCCGGCCACCUGCAGCCUGGCCUACGCCCGCUACUGCCACGACCACUUUGCCAACGGACACUGCGACCGGGGCUGCCUGACCCCCGAGUGCGGCUGGGACGGGGGGGACUGCGCCCUGGGAGGGGCCGGGCCGGCGGGGGAGGGGGCCACCCUGGGGCUGGCGGCCGCCCUGCCCCCCCCGGCCCUGCCCGGCCUUCUCCACGCCCUGGCGCUGGCCCUGCGCGUGGGGCUGAGCCCCCGGCGCGACCCCCAGGGCCGGCCCAGGCUGUACCCCUACACGGGGCGCGAGGGGCCAGGCGGGGGGAACCGCACCGGCCGGAGGCCCCCCCGCCCUGCCCCGCACCCUGCGCCCACCGCAGCCGGCCAGGAGGGGGAGACGGACGCCAUCGGGUCCGUCGUGUUCCUGGUGGUGGAUGGGUCCCGCUGCGCCGGGCGCUGCCUGACAACCCCCGAGGGCGCCCGGCGCUUCCUGGGGGCGCUGGCCGCCUCCAACGCUCUGGGGGCGCUGACCCCCCACCCCCUGGCGGCCGUGUGGGUCGAAGAGGCCAGCAGCGACCCCCAGGCCUCUGCCCCACGGCUGCCCUGGCCCCUGCUCGGCAGCCUGCUCGCGGGGGGGCUGGCACUGGCCCUGGGGGCCGUGGUCGGGCUCCGGCUGCGCCGCCGGGGGACGAGGAAACAGGGGGUGCUCUGGCUCCCCGCGGGGUUCGCCCGCCCCCGGGACCCCAACGCCCGGCGCCGCCGGGACCCCGUCGGAGAGGACGCCAUCGGGCUGAAGCCUCUGAAGCUGGACCCCGAGUUGGAGGACGACGGGCAGCCGACCCCUCAGGAAAUCGAGGCUGACGCCCCCCCCUCGGACCAGGACUGCCGGCAAUGGACACCCAAGCACCUGCGUGCCAGGGCUCCCAUCCCACAAUGCAUCAUGUUGACCCCGCCCCAGGACGAGGACCCCGAGGGGCGGGACCUUGACACCAGGGGGCCAGAUGGGGUGACACCGCUGAUGGCAGCGGUGUGCGCGGGGGGCACCGUGGGGGAGCUGCUGGCGCAGGGGGCGCGGCUGGACGCCCAGACGGACGCGACGGGGGAGACGGCCCUGCACCUGGCCGCCCGCUUCGCCCGGGCCAGCGCCGUCCGCAGCCUCCUGGAUGCCGGUGCCGACCCCAACACGCGGGACCGGGCGGGGCGCAGCCCCCUGCACAGUGCCAUCGGGGCCGAUGCCCUGGGGGCCUGCCAGAUCCUGAUACGCUGCCGGCAGACGGACCUGGACGCCCGGAUGAGCGACGGUGCCACCCCCCUGAUCCUGGCCACGCGCCUGGCGGUGGAGAGUGGGACGGAGGAGCUGCUGCGGGGCGGGGCGGCUGUCAAUGCCGCCGACAAGUGGGGGAAGACGGCCCUGCACUGGGCUGCAGCUGUGAAUAACGCCCGGGCCGCCCUCGCCCUGCUCCGGAGCGGCGCCAGCAAGGACGCCCAGGACAACCGGGCGCAGACCCCGCUGUUCCUGGCGGCCCGGGAGGGCAGCGCAGACGUGGCGCGGAUCCUGCUCCGGCACCGGGCGAGCCGGCAGCUCCCGGACGAGCUGGGUCACCUGCCCCGCGACGCCGCCCUCUCCCGCGCCCACCACGACCUGCUCCACCUGCUGGACGACCCCCGCCUGGGCCCCCCGCCCCGCCGCCCCCCCAGGCUCCGCCCCCUCUCGGAGCAGCCGGAGCCGCCCGCCCCCUGCCUCGAGCCCCGCCGGCCCUGAGCUCCCGGCCAAUCGGACGCCGCCCUGGUGCAGUGACUCCACCCCCCUGGUGCAGUGACUCCGCCCCCGGGGCGCUGCUGGGGAGGGAGCUCGGAUUGGACAGCAGAGGGGUGUGGCCAUGCCGGGCUGUGACAUCACCAGGCGGGCAGAGCGAGCGCCAGAGGAUGAUGUCAGAGACAGGAAGUGAGGUCACACCGUGGCGUGGUGACAUGCCCACGGGAUGCUGAUGUUGCAGCCUGGAAAUGAUGUCACACGGAAGGCGGUGAUGUCAUAACGUGCAACCCAGUGGACAGGAAAUGAUGUCACCCAGGACACUGACAGCCUCAGGUGCUCUGACAUCAUUGACAAGACGUGACAGCGCCCAAUGGGAAAGCACGACAGGCAGGAAGUGAUGUCACACUCCCAGGAACUGAUGAUGUCACACGGGGAGCCUUGUGAUGAUGUCAUGGAGCAGGAAGAGGCUGGGCUUUGCAACCCUGCCUGUCACAGAGGGACAGGUGGUGGGUGGGUGACCCCCCCCGGCACCAAC